AUGGAUGUACCUGAGGAGGUAGAAAGUGAAGUUACGGAUGCUGCACCAAAACAUCGUCGUUUGAAGAAAAACACUACGGAGUCGAAAGAUGCAAAUGACCAAGUAAACGCUGAAGAUAUUAAAAUUCCUAAAAAGAAAACGAAAAGGAAGGGUAAAAGGGGCUCUGGCGCGCAGGAUGAAGACUUUGUCCCGGCUCAAAACGCAUUUAGUGACAAUCUGAACGAUUUCACGGAUGCCGAUUUUGAGGAGGUACCGACAACAAAAAAAUCAAACCGCGGAGUUGGUAAGGCCUAUUUUGACGAGGUUCUGAAGCGACUAAAGGAAAGGAAGAGACAAACAGUAAAACUCUCCGAUGAAGAAUGCCAAUUAUAUUGCAGGCAACUAGUAGAGCGUAUGAUAGCAGCUGCAGCUGAAGAUGUGGAAUCUGUAAAAUUAGGUAAACCUGGAUUAUCUAAGCUGAAAAUGCUCAGUUCACUAUCGGAUAUUAGUAAACCUUCAUGGAGACAAUGGUGCAUUUCAGAAGGCAUUGCUGUUGCAUUAGCAAGCUGGCUUGCUGUAUUACCUGAUGGAUCAUUACCAAACCUAAGUGUCAGAAGCAAGGUGCUACAGGUAGUAUUGCAGCUACCCUUCCAGUCUAGUGACCUUAGAGACAACGAUCUUGGCAGGACGGUUGUCUCACUGUGGAAACAUCCUAGUGAAUGCGAAUCAAAUAAGACCCUAAUAAGAGCAAUUGUACAAAAAUGGACUAGGCCUAUGUUAGGAAUGAGCACCAGCUAUGCUGAAUUACAGGAUUCUAGUUUCAUAGAUAACAAAUCGGUGCCGACUAGUGAAGACGCAUACAAGUAUCACAAGUAUGAUUUCAAAAAUGCGAAGGCAAGUAAAGUUACUGUUAAUCAAGAAAGGAUAAAGAAUAAAUUGUCACAAAUGUACCGGUCGAUGGAAUCAAAGCAAAAAACACCUGGUAAAGCAACAAAAGUUAGCCUCACUGGAAUGCUUUAA